CGCACCCAUCUUAUAACACACACCCAUGUCUGUAUCCGUCUCCGCCGCCGCUUUUUCCUCCCACCCACCCCUCUCCCGCCGCCGCUCGCCGCCGGCAUCUCGCCUCCCGCCCAACAGCCACCGCAUCCAGCUCCAUUCCGGGCCCAAGCCCCGGCGUCCCCGUCUCCUCUCCUCCGCGCGCGCCCCCAUCCUCCCCACCGCCGCGAUGGCCACCGACAGCGCCGCCCCCGCCGCCUCCGGGGCCGGGUCCAAGAGGAACCUGCUCAUCUUCGACGCAGAGGAGGACCUCGCGGUGUCUCUGGCCAAGUACACGGCAGACCUGUCUGCGAAGUUCGCCGCCGAGAGGGGCGCCUUCACCGUCGUGCUCUCCGGCGGAUCCCUCAUCGAGGCCCUCAGGAACCUGGCGGAGCCGCCGUACCUGGAGACAGUCGACUGGAGCAAGUGGCACGUGUUCUGGGUCGACGAGAGGGUGGUGCCCAAGGAUCACGAGGAUAGCAACUACAAGCUCGCAUUGGAUGGGUUGCUUGCCAAGGUACCAAUUCCUCCUGGUCAAGUCUAUGCUAUCAAUGAUGCCUUGUCUGCUGAGGGAGCAGCAGAUGACUAUGAAACUGUAUUGAAGCAACUUGUUAAGAAUGGUGUUCUAGCAAUGUCCACAGCAACUGGGUUUCCCAGGUUUGAUGUCAUGCUUCUCGGCAUGGGCCCUGACGGCCACAUUGCCUCUCUCUUCCCGGGUCACCCUCUUGUAAAGGAGAACCAGAAGUGGGUCACCCACAUCAAGGAUUCUCCGAAGCCGCCACCAGAGAGAAUUACAUUUACAUUUCCAGUGAUCAACUCUUCUGCAUAUGUUGCCAUGGUUGUUACUGGGGCUGGGAAAGCUGGUGCUGUGCAGAAAGCGCUUUCAGACAAACAGGCUUCGUCUGAUCUACUACCUGUUGAGAUGGCUAUACUUCAGGAUGGAGAAUUCACCUGGUUCACUGACAAGGAGGCAGUUUCAAUGCUGCAGAACAAGUGAAACCCAUGGAGAUGUAAGCUUUGAGCUCUUAUCUUAAAUAAAAAAAAUCCUGGAGGCUGCAUUGUUGCUUUCCUCCCUCGUGGAUGACCUGUAAGAGGAGCUUGAGCAACUCUUUAUGUAGUAUAUUGUUCAGAAAAAUGUUUUCAAACAGUUACCAGCUUUUAGUAAAUAACAUUUACCGAUGCAUUGCUCAACAGUU